GGAGCAUCAAAUGUUUGACUCGCUGUUGCCCACCUCCAAAUCGGCUCUAUUUUAAUCGUCUCUGGCCUCCGUUAAAUCCCCUCUUCUCUCACAAUUCCUUUUCCUUUCUUAUCUCUUUGACCAAAAUAGUCUCAGAGAUCUUUAGAGCUUUUCUGAUUGGUAAAUGGUCAGGAAAUAGUUGACUUAAUGGCCGUGGAGUUAAUGUCCGGUUACGGAACCACCGUCUUCGGCGCAAAGAUGGAGGACGACGCCGUUCAAGAGGCGGCAGCCGCCGGGAUGCAGAGCGUUGAGAAUCUAAUCAGGCUGCUCUCUCAAUCCCGCCACCAAAAUACUUGCUUUUCGUCCGCCGUGGAACCCUCCGCCGAUUACCAAGCCGUGGCGGACGCCGCCGUGGGUAAGUUCAAAAAGUUCAUUUCUUUGCUUGAUCGGAACCGGACCGGCCACGCCCGGUUCCGGAAGGGCCCGAUUUGUAACACCGCGAACACGGCUCCGCGACACACGAAGAAAACGGAUCCUCAGCCGGAACCCGAAGUUUCGGGUCGGUUCCGGGUUACUGAGAGCUCCGAGAAGCCGCAAACCGGUGGCCAGAAGAUGUUUACCCCGUCGCAGAUUCAACUAUUGCCGCCGCUUCCGCACAACCACCACCAAACACCGAAGGUUGUGCCCGCGGCGUCGGAACGGAAAGAGCCGUCUUCCACCAUCAACUUCGCCGCCUCUCCGGCGUCAUCGGUGCCGAGUUCUUUCAUGUCGUCGUUGACCGGAGAUACAGAGAGCUUCCAGUGGACUAAUCUCUCGAGCAUGUCGUCGGCCGGUAGGCCCCCGCUGUCUACGUCGUCGUUUAAGCGGAAGUGCCAUUCGAUGGACGAUUCUGCCCUCAAGUGCGCUAGUGGGGGUGGGUCCGGAUCAGGACGUUGCCACUGCCCGAAGAAAAGGUAAAGUCAACGCCAAGAAAGCAUUUAAAUUGACUUUUAAUAGUAUUAAUUGCCCUAUAUUAAUUGCAUUGACUAUUAAUCUGACACGUUCAUUUGAUCUUAAUCAGGAAAUCAAAGGUCCUAAGAGUGGUAAGAAUACCGGCAAUCAGCAUGAAGUUGGCUGAUAUUCCGCCGGAUGAUUUUUCAUGGAGAAAGUAUGGCCAAAAGCCCAUCAAGGGUUCCCCUCACCCUAGGGGUUAUUACAAGUGUAGUAGCGUACGAGGAUGUCCAGCGAAGAAGCAUGUGGAACGAGCUUUGGAUGAUCCAACGAUGUUAAUCGUAACCUACGAAGGAGAUCACAACCACUCACAGUCAAUCACAGACACUCCCGCUUCUCUGAUCCUCGAGUCAUCCUAGCCGUCGGCUGAAUCGAUCGAACGGCGCAGAGAGGGGACGAGGAGCAAAAAAGGUCUAAGCCUGAGUGGAAAAAUCAACACCGUCCACGUUUUGGACGGAAGAGGACAAGGAGAGUUGGGCAGUUGGUCAACGCUGGGUGCAUUAUUAUUAGGUUCCCAUAUGAUUUGUUCUCUCCGUUUAUUCGCCGUUGAAAAAGAUUAUUAAUUUGAAAAAGAAAAUGCACAAGUGGGGGUGGAUUUUGGUUGGAAUUGAAUCAUUGAGAGAAGUGGGACUUUUGGGUACUGUGUGCUUUCACAACCAUACGUGUCGUUUGUCUUCUUUAAUGAAAAUAUAUUGUUUUAUGAAUGUGUGACCCCUUUAUUUAGGAAUAAUUGUUUUUUAUUAACGGAAAUCGUUUUGACAAGCACAAUGACCAUUAAUCAACUACCCCUCUCCUUCUGAGAGAUUGUCAUGAUACGUUUUGAUCUAAUAUAAAAUAAUGUUAUCAGGUUUAUCAC